AGCAGCGCCGCCUUGCGGCCAGGAGUGACAGUGACAAGUACCCGAGCCGUCUGCAUGUGGCCGGGACACUUUUAAAGCCGUCGCCGCUGCUUGUGCACUUUUCUACGCGUUCAGGUUGGUGUUCGUGUCGUUGCAGCGGCUCGCAUGCUGGUUGUAGCGGAGAAGCGCCACCGCGGUGUUACACACGGGCUAGCUGGCCGGCUAAAGCCUCUCGGCUAAGACUUACGCCGUUACAGAGACCGGCAGUGGAGGACACGCUGAGCCAAAGAUGCCUACAUGUCCCAGAAAUGGUGUGCAGAGUGCAGAGGAUGUGUCGGAGGAUGAGGAAAGCCAGCUCUGCCCUAUCUGCCUGAACGCCCCCAGGCCUGUAGAGCGCGCUGUCCCUGACGCCUGCAGCCACGUCUACUGCCUCAGCUGCAUCCUGCGCUGGGCUCAGAUGCUGCAGAUCUGUCCAGUGGACCGCAGGCCUUUCAGCUCAGUCUGUACACAGAACCCUUAUCUGGGAUACAUUGAGAUUCCAGUAAAACCAUCCAGCACAUCGAACUCUUGUGUAUGCAACUCUAAAGACGAUGAAUCGCUGGAAAGCUUUUCAGUGGAGGAGAAAACCAAAAAGGAUGGAAAGGAUGAGAAAAGAGCCAGUGCUGAACUGACAUGUAAAAUAUGUGAUAUUAGUUCCUCUGCACUAAAAAAGGUUGAAGGAGAGACGUGUCGCUCUCAGCUGCUCACUCAGCACAGCGAACAUGGACUUUCAGCCCAGCAGGGAGAGACGCUCGGCAUUCUCACCCAAGUCAUUACAGAGACAGCGGUGAUUCCCGAGGAUGAGACGCUGAAUGAGGAAUGGAGUGUGCGCUCGAGAAAUACAGUAGAACACCAGUGGCUUCCUGUUUCUAUACCACCUCCCUCUACACGCAUAUCAAGCGUUCUGUCCAGGCAGUGUCCCCGUGCUCUUCUCCAGCAGCCCAUAAUGCGUUCCUCUCCAUGUGUACUGGGUUCUGGUUUCCCUGUUCUUUAUGGAAAGGUUUGUGCAGUCACAUGUCCCAAAGGCGAGGGGAGAAACAGUAAAAGAGGAUCUGGAUCGAAGAGCUCCUUCAAACCAACUGAGAAUCAUACGACACGCUCAACCCGAAAGAGCAAAAGCGAGAAUGAGGAUACUUUAUCCGGGCAAUCUCCCCAGUCUGACUCCGGCUCCUCCUCUCCUGCUGGCAGUGCUUCAAACGACAUGCCUGCUUCUACAAGUAAGCAAAGGCUUGCUAGCAAACAGAAGCCUACCACAAAGAGGAAAGGAAGCAGAAAGAAACCAGCCACUCGACGAGCAGCGGUUGAAAAUGAGGAACAUAGCGAGGAGGAUGAGCAGACGAGUCAAGAGGAACCUGACGUCGAUAUGGAGAAGUUGAAGACAUCGGAGACCACAGAGGAGACAGAAGAAGACCAGAGUUCCUGUCAAGGAGAUGUAGAUGAAGGUUCAGAUUCUGUUGAUCAGGAUGGAGAGGAACAAACAAGGAACAUUGAGUGUCGAGUGGAGAACGAAAACAUUUCACCUCUCUCCGUAAAACAGUGUGAUGAGGAAGGAGAGAAUGCAGACAAGCCAAAGGAUAAUCAGACAUCAUCUCAGGAGGAUCAUUCUGCACAGGACACACCCGAGAGUGAACCAGCAGCGUGUCUCGAAAACGAUCACCACCCGUCCUCUGCUCCAUCUGCUGAGCAGGUGAUGCUAGAGGGACCUAGCAACACACCCGAGUCUUUACUGAGCAACAGUAAUUUGACUACUGAACUCGUGAGUUCUUCAGAGGUAACUGAGCAUAAUCCAAAAUCUGAAGCUGAAGUAGAGUCAGUUGAGCGUGGAACUGUAACCGGUGAAGCGUGUCGACUUCCUGUGCCUGACAGCAUCUCCACUCUCGAUACAGCUGGAGACUGUUUACAGCGUCAGAACACUUCAGUAACUACAGACACAAAACAAGAGGCGUCUCUCGACAUCAGUAGUCAGCAGGACAACACGGAGUCUAUACCAAUGGACUGUGACUCUCCUGCUUCAGAGAACACUUCCCUUGCUGCUGAGAUGGUGCUGGAGAUCAAUAGUGCUGUUGCUGAACCCCAAAUCUUAUCUGCUGACCAAAUCCUUAUUCAGGACAGAGAGCAGAAGAUUGAGGUACACGAGAAGUGUGAGCCCUCCAAGGACCAGACAUCUUCAGACAGGAGAGAUGGUCGGCAACGCAAGUCUCGAUUCCACUCGCCCACAACCACCUGGUCCCCUAAAAGUGAGUCCAGAAACGAAGGAUCACGGAGGUCACGGUCCAGGGAUCGUAGUCGCAAUGCUGGGUCACCACACAGAAGUCGAGGUCGUGAGCACGAAGAGGAACGAGGCGGCUUCAGGCGGAAUCGCAGCAGAGAGAGAUGGAGCAGGAGACGCUCUCGAAGCCGGUCCAGAUCUCGCUCCAGAUCACGCUCAAGAUCUAGAAAUAGGCCAAAUCAGAGAGGCAUGUCUUCAGAACGCAGCGAUCAAAGGGCACAGUCGCCACGGAAAAGAGACUCUUGGGGUGGGGACGGCUGGAGAUCUGGACGUCCCUUUCUCAACUCCAGCAGGAGAAGCAAUCCAGAUAGACAGUUUCCAGCAAGGGAGUUCAACUCUUCAGGUAACGGCAGUCUCUAUCCUCCGGAGAUAUCGCCAGACAGAGGUCAGUCGGAAAACCCACAGUGGGUAAAGGAAAGGUCAUGGGUUAAUACUGACGGCAGGGAACGAGAUCUGGACGAGAAAUCUGGUGAUGCGCCCACAGACUAUUGGCCUCGAGGGGGCUGGGGCUCUGAACAAGGACGUCCUGCUGGACGGGGUCGGGCCGGUCAGCGGUCCUAUGGCCAGUACGGCGAGUCGGCAGAUAACUGGCGGCAGCAACGCAGCUCGUUCUCAGGGACAACAAACAACACAGGGAGUGAUUCCUACAGUCAGUUCAAUGAGAACAGACCAGGAGGGAAAAGAAAAGAGCCCGAGACCUGUGAUACACUUCUGGACCGGUCAGGAUGGUCCGCUGCUUCCAGCUGGGCGGUGCGCCGAACCCUCCCUGCUGAUGUACAGAACUACUACUCACGGAAAGAAAGAGGACCUGGGCCAGGUGGCAGCAUCUGGAACAAACAAGAGGACGAGCAGCCUCCAGCUGGAGUCUCCAAACAAACUGAUUUCCCACAGAGUGAGCCGAACACCCAUAUACCCAACGAAGCAGUACCUGCUCCUCCGAGUGUACUUCCUCACCAGAUUAAUGUGCUUGGAGUGCUGCGCUACCCAGUGGGUUCUAUUGGACCUCGAGGCCCUUCUGUGACGGUCCAGCCAGCCCAGUUCGCCAUUCCCACUCAGAUACCUGUCCACCUGCAUCCACCUGGCCCCCCUCUUCAGAUGCACACAAUGGCCAUACAGGGUCUGCCUCCGCCUCCUCCACCUCCUCCACCUGUACAGCAGGGCAGCCUCACUGUCCUGCCCACUGACCCUCUCCCUCAGGUGAUUACAAGUGUGCCAGGAAAAGGUCCAGUGAAAGCGUCGCCGAACAAAGCUGCAGCGUCGCAGGUUCAUCUUACCAACACACCAAGUGUAGCACAGCCUUCUUCCACCACACAGCCCUCGUCUCACAGCAAAGCCCAUGCAGACAGCUCCAAGAAGGAGAAGAAACUUCAGAUUCAGGAAAAAGCCAUCACUGAAGUGAAAGCAGCCAUCAAGCCAUAUUACCAAAAGAAGGAUAUCACCAAGGAGGAGUACAAAGAGAUUGUACGCAAAGCUGUUGAAAAAGUCUGCCACAGCAAGAGCGGAGAAGUCGAUGCCAAUAAAGUGGCCAACCUCGUCAAAGCGUACGUUGACAAGUACAAACACAUUCGCAAGAACAAAACGGACAAGAACUGAGGGAGACGCCGCUCUGCCGCCCGCACAAGUGCAAUUCCUCCACAGGAGCCCGUGUUCCACCGGCCGUUAUGACUGGAGCUUCUUUUCAUAUCUGAGAACAGUAAUGAAGUUUUUUCUAUAGAUUGCAUUAUUUUUGUUUAAUUUGGAUUUCAUAUAGUGCAAACUGCCCUUUAAUUGCUUUAUCUGUUGUUCUGGUGGGGCUGCUGUAAACUUUUGCCGAGGGACGGAUAUCACAGAUCACACUUUACUCUAACGAAGAAAAAAAAAAAAAACAAUCACUGUCAGAUUUUUUUGGAUCAUGUUUCUGUGGCAUUGCUGUAAGUGAUUAAUCAAAUGAACAGAGUGGUACUUCUGUAUCUUGCUCAUCCUCCCUCCAUCUCUCUCUCUCCAUCUCUCUCUCUCUUUCUCACAGUGUCGAGGACUUUAAUGUAAUAACAUUCAAAUUCUUCUUUACUUUUUCUACUCAACAUGAUCUUAAUCCUCAAUAAAUGUCCAUUGACAAUGUGAUUUUUUUUUUUUUUUUAAGCUAUUGGUGCAGCUGGAGAUUGUUUCUAUGUGAAUCUUGGACAUUAGGUGCAGGGAGCCUGUACACAGAUUUUCAAUUAAAAUAUGAACAGAGCUGUUUUAGUUGUGGGUUUAAUGUCCCUCAUAGUGCUUUCUGUAUCGCACAAAUGUAUUUAUUUACCUCCCAGAGCAAGAAAAAUAAAUAAACAAGCUCUCUGUUCCCA